AGUUGCGUCUCUCCUAAGAGAUGGAGGAGAGGCCCACCCACGCGCACACGCGCGCUGCGCCACAAAGACGCGCGCACUUCAUCUACGCAUGCAACAGCGGCAGCAGAGGCAGCAGCAGCAGCAGCGUCGUCUUCAUUUUCAUCUUCGGUGGCUCGCGGAGCUGGCGGUGGAGCGUGCCAGGGUUGCGCUGGGUGGACAAUCUUCGCGGCCAGGGUGUCCCGCGAGGGUGAAAGGACACCGCGUGUCGCACACGUGCGGUGGGGGGGGGGGGCACGCGAGAUUCGUCAGCUCCGCGACUCGAGCGUGCGGAGCGGGCAGAGCGCCUGAGAGCCACAGCUGCAUGUGCCCGGUGCGUGGACGGGUGAGAGUGUUCCUGGACAGGUGUGUGCACAGAGACAGGUGUGAGCCUGUAAGCAGAAGGGCCAGCGUUCUUGGACGAGUGUGUAGUCCACCAUUCUGAUGUCGUUAAAGUGGCCGAGCCGGACGAGGCGUGCGUGUCACCGACUAGGUGUGCGCUCUCCUGCAUAGGCGCGCGUUGCUGGGCAGACGUAAGCGUCCUCGGUACAGGCGUGGGUGUCUUCUGUGACAAUCAUCUCCACGCGAGAGCCGUUCUGCUUGAGCCGAUUGUAAGAGGACGAAGCGGCGGAGUACUCGUCCCUGGGCAGCUGUGCGCGUCGCUGGCCCAGGUGUGUGAGCACGCUCAAGGACACUGCUCUGGUGGAGCUGCCGAGUGGCCGAGAGGAGGAGGAGGAGACGAUGGGGUCUGGGAGAAGGCGAGGUACUGCAGUGGCACACAGAGCGCGGCGCGUGUGAAUGAAAUCUCACUCCGAGUGCGACGAUCGAAGAGGGGGUCCCCGUUUGGCUGCCGGUUUACGUCGCACGCAUGGCCGAGAUAGAGACCAGCCUCCUCGGGGAUCCGGAGAAGGAGAAUGCACGGGAGGAGAAAGAGGAGGAGGAAGAUCUGGGAGGGACACGAUUGGAGGCGGUGACGGUGGAGGAGGCCCAGCUCCCAAUAUCCGUGGAGGACCAGCGGUGGAAGGAAUACUUCGAGACGCUGGAGCCAGAACUCCCGAGCUCCCUGAGCGAGGAGGCGCUGCGUGCGCUGCUGCAGACGCGCGGGGAGGAGCUGGGUCCCGCGGGGCGCGAGGCUCUGAGCGCGCUGCUGCAUCGAGAGGAGCACGGGGCCGUCUCCUAUGGGCUCUUCGUGGAGGCGCUCAGCAACAAGCGGCGAGCGAGCUUCAGGUGCGCGGUGUCGCAAGGGCUGCGGUCGGACGUGUUAGAAGGGGGCACCGCGGGGAGCAGCGUUGGAGUUGUGGGGGGCUCGGCCGGAGUGGGGGACCGCUGUUUGCUGAGCGUGGCGCGGGAGACGCUGCCCCGUGACUCGGAGCGCCGCUGGUUCCUGCACGUGUACUCGGGGUGCCCGCCCCCCCUUCUCAUGCCGAGCAUCUCUCUCGCGCAGGUCGUGGUGUUUGUGGUGUACGGGCUGGCGCUGGGCACGUGGCUACUGCCCACUUACGACGCCGACUUCAUGAAUGGGUCGCUCCUCUACUCCCCCCCGCGGCGCCACGAGGCGUGGAGGUUCCUCAGCUACGCGCUCACGCACGCCGGCGCAGAGCAGCUGGGCUUGGCCCUCCUGGCCCAGCUGAGCGUGGGGCUGCCUCUGGAGAUGGCCCAUGGCUCUCUGCGGAUAGGGGCGGUUUACAUGGCCGGUGUUUUAGCAGGCUCUCUGCUGGGCUCGGUGGCAGACAGGAGGGCCCCCCUCGUGGGGUCCUCGGGAGGGGUCUACGCUCUUCUCUCCGCCCACCUGGCCAACAUCGCCAUGAACUGGUCGAGGAUGAAGGGUUCCUUCAGAGUGUUGAGGAUGGCCUUCCUCCUGCUGCUCAUGAGCGCCGAGUUGGGCCGCGCGGUGUGGCUCCGUCUCUCCCCGAGGGCGGCGCCCGCCCAGCCCAGCUUCGUGCCCCACCUGGCCGGGGUGUGGGUGGGUCUCACGCUCGGCCUGGCCGUGCUGCGCUGCUACGAGCAGCGGCUGCGUGACCAGUGCUGCUGGCGCGUCGCGUCGCUGGCGUACGCCGCCUCCGUGCUGCUCGCCGUCGCGUGCAACGUGGCGAUGGGCGACCCGGCGGGAGCCGACAGGCCACCGCCGGCGGCGGCAGAGGCGGCGCCGGCAGGGGGCCAUUGACCGUUGCUCUUGGCCGUGAGAUCCCUCGCGGAUCUGAUGGGGCCCGGUUGCGGGUUGCCACCCACUGGGAGAAAUUUCUACAAGGGCAGAACUUUGAAAGUGAUUUUCCGCUCGAAUGUUUACAGCCCUGAGCCGGUUGUGGGAAUUCCACAUUGAUACGACGGGGGUGAGUCUGUCCAUAGGAAAACCACCGUGGACUCAUCUACAAAAUGGUACUUAGUUUAUGAAGCCGAGAGAGAGGAUCAGUUGACUCAACCUCCCCCCCCCGAAACGGGAUUAGAACUGGAAGUUUCUAAUUGCAAGCUGCUUGCUCGCUCUACCCGAACCACCCGAGGUACAAAAUUAUCCAGGACAUAUCAUGGGACGAGGAAUAUUUCGCAACAAUAUUAGGGGAAAACUUCAUGUAAAUUAUAUGUAAAAUAUAUUGAGUGGUGUAUUUUUCCGCAACUGACGAAAGCCAGGACUUUUAAUGUCCUGGGAAGACUUUACAGAUUUCCUAGCAAUAGCUACCUCAAAAAGGAGGACGACCCUGGGAAAACCGGGACAGGUGGCAACCCUAGGCCCGGUUGUGAUAUUGUCAAGAGGGCCUCUAUUCGGACGGGCGGACGGGCGGGUGGCAUGAGCCCUCAGUGAACGUAGAAAAUUGUCUUUGAGGUUGGGACGCAAAUACCCUCUAGAUGGGCUUCCUGGAGCUCCCUCCAGUGGAGGACCUUCUACGAGCAGUGGGUGAGCGAACGAUGAUCACACUACACGUUUACCUAAAAUGGGAUGCAAAGACAAUGGCGUGUGGAAAAGGUGGUAUUUAAUUAAGCUGAAUAAUUUAUACUGCGAUAGUGUUAUUUUUCGUAUUGUUUUUUAUUUAAUGAAAGUGAUUUUUUUUUCCAUAUAGAUAUUUAAAUGUUGACGUUCUUAUUUGCUUUCGUUGUGUGAAUUACAUUUUCAUCAGCGUUGUCGUUUUUAUACAAGUAAAUGAUACUGCCAUUUUGGAAAAUAAACACAUUUUGACACAUGUGCUGUGAAAUUGACGAUUUUGCUGCCAGAGAGAUUUGAUGUUUUGCAUAUUUUGCCAAAACUUUGAUGUCCUUGACUUAUAAUAUACGCCACAUUUUUGAAACCGCACUUUAGCACACAUUCCUAAAUAAUGUAAAACUAUUCUUAAGCCCUUUGUCACCACAAUACUGGAUGAACAGCACAUGUUGAUCGUGAGAUGUUGUUUUCACCAAGCUGGUGAAGGUGAGUGACGAGGACCUCCUCAGAUAUCACUCGCCAAUGAUGGAAGUUGCGGCUGGGUAUCGAACUCGGGUUUCCAGGUUCGUUGUGCAGUACAUUAAAUACCACCACUACACCCCAAAUACACACACACACAUUUAAA